CUUAUAUGAUACACCCAUUUCUGCUGAAUCUGUAAUAUUCAUGAUAUCAGAAUAUGUUCACGUACUGCAUAUUUGAAUAUGUUUUUGUACUAGAACUUUACAUUUAUAUUAUGCAUUUUGAUCUAUUAUGUCAAAUUAAAUCUCACACCCAUGCUUUUUCGGGGGUUUGCAGGGCCAAAAGCCGACUUGUAUGACAAGACCAAUCCAGACUGGGUACUCUCUUUAAAUCUUGCACCAACAGAGCUACCUGGAUUUGACUCUUCCAUGGAGUGCUAUGACAGAACACAGGCCAGAAUUACAUCGACAAUGCAGGUUCAGGCAGAUGAGAGCCUUUCUGGCAAAAUUAAUGUUAUAAGGAGACUGAAACAGGAGAACAACCAAAUGGCACAUUAAGUCUUGGAGGAGCGUUUGAGUGUGUGGGUGAAGAGGAAUAAACUGAAGACCAGCGAGAGGGACUGAAGAAGGAAAUGACAAACGUAGUGCUGGAACGGGUGCUUUCUGUCUAGAAACGUUUGGGAUGAUGCAAAAGUGAAGCAUUAUACUGGACUUUGCUAUAUCACACUUUUGACUUUGUUCUCUUUCCUUGAACCACACAUAACGUAUACUUGAAGGGACAUUCUUGUGAAAUUAAACAUUGGUCCUCACAUUUAUAAAACUCAGGGAUAAUUUAGACAUUCAAGACUUGGGAUAUAGAUUUAAGGUGACUCCUAACUGCUCUUAGAUGUGAAACAAAUUAUGCAUGUAAGAAUGUAAUGCUUCACUUGUGGCCAGAAAGAGAAGAGUUACAUAUGUCAAUGCCUACGGAAUUCCGUAAGUACUUUGGUGGGAAAGUUUCACUAAUUACGCUUCUAGCAAGGACAGAAACCUGGAGUGAACAAGAACGAAUCAAUAUAUACAGAUAAGUCUUAGGAUUAUCUAUCCCUAUUAUAAGAACAAACAAAUCUAAUUAGGCAUAUGGUCUGUGUCCGGACGGGUAUGUAUCCUCGGGACAGGUAUGUAUCCUAUUCAAGUACGGAUCUCGGAUGUAUCUCCAGAUCUGUCCUAUACCCAGAGAGAACUUAACUACAUUUAUAUCGAAACAUAACAAACAGUUUUAAUUCACUGUAUAACACCCUAAAACCAGUAUACUAGUCACCGUAUACUAAAAAAUAAGCAGGGUUAAAUUUAUUAUCGCCUUACCUCGUCUGCUACUUUCUUACUCCUUUGAGCUCCGACAGUGAACUGGCGAAAUAUCGUUCAUCACCGCCUUAUAUACGGUGAUGACUGGAUGGUAUCCCUGAAAAGCAGGUGCCCCACGAGUUACUUGCCCCUGAUCAUAGAUAGAAAGAUAAGUCGUACGUCGAAUAAUAUUUCGUAAAGAAAUGUGUUUACGAUGAAGAAGGCAAAGAAAAUUGUUGGGAUUUUUUACUAAUUAAGAUUACUAAUUAGACCCCAAUUAGCUCAACUAUAAAAAAUGUAAGAAAUAAAUAAUGCAAUGAACGCAAUAUGGAGAGAAAUACGAUUUGAUAGAAAGUGUACAGAGUAUUAUUUAAUUAACAUAAUUAAUCAAACCCUAAUUCUCUCACAUGUUAAAAACAGUAAGAAAUUUGAUAUCAAAAACUGUAAGGGGCGAGAUCAAAAGAUUGAUUUCGGAUAAAAAUGUAAAUUCAAAUAGUUAGGGGGAGGUGGGGGGUGGUUAAAACUUCUGUAAGUUUCUCUUAUCCGACACCAAUUACACAUUAGUCGAAAAAGGAGAAAGACAAGUGACUGUUAAAAACCACAUGACGAUAUUACAUUUUAAUUAACAUUUGAUAGUUUAAUCUACACUUUCAUUUGUGAGUAAACAGAAGAUAGGGUAUACAGAGUUUUUAUACUCGUUUGUUCUUACUUGUUGAUCAAUUAUAGUUUAAACACUCAUCAUAUCUAGUUUAGGGGUCGUUGCGGGGGGGGGGGGGGGGCGUAAAAACUAUGUGAAUUUAGUUAGACAUUAAACUUUUGAUCUCGCCCCUAGGAAGUAGUUAAAACAACGAAUGCAACAUGGAAAAAAAUAUUUAAUAAGUCUUAUUAAAAGCAACACUGAUGAUACCUAGCGGUGGUCAAAGUAACAUAUCUUUAGCAAUUAUUUUUGAAAGUACAGAAGGGUAUUUUUGAUCGAAAGUUAAUAGAAAAUGCACAUGUAUAUUAAUGAAAGGUGAAGAUAACAAUCGGUAUGAAACACAUCAGACCUGUUUCUCUAGUAAAGAAAUACACCUGCAUAUGCUAUCAAAUAAGGAAUUUUAGGGAGUGGAGUGUUGUGGAAUUAAUUAUUAAUUCUUCUGGAUCUGAAUUACUUUUUUUCAAACCAAAGUAUGAAAUACUGAAGUAGUUAUCAGUCAUAUAAGCAGCGCUCUCUAACCUAAUAAACACAAGUGAAGAUACUUUUGAAUUUAAGCAGAUUAAGUAAAUUCUGACAAACAUGAUAAUCUUCAAGAUAGAGGGAACUACUAUAAUAUUUAUUAUGAUACAUAUGUUACCCAACUAUCUAUUUUGCAUUGCUUGUAGGAGUUAUGAGAUUGAUCACUGUUCGUUAUCUUUACGGCGGGUGUGACUGGUCGACAAGGGAUGCUUACUCCUCCUAGGCACCUGAACCCACCUCUGGUAUGUCCAGGGGUCCGUGUUUUAUCUAUUUAGUAUUGCUUAUAGGAGUUAUGAGAUUGAUCGCUGUUCGUUAUCUUCGCCUUGCUUAUAAACCCUAUAUCAAACGCAUAUACAUGACAUAUCUUCAUAUUUUUGAUAGGAUUGGUGAGAUUGAUCACUGUUCGUUAUCUUUAUUUUUUUGUAAAAGGUUUUUGUUUGAAGACAAAUUGGCGCCAGUUGUACUAUAGCAAAUGUCAACACUUCAUCAAUGGUUGUCCGAGUAAGCCGUCCCAUGCCAAUGAGAUAUAUAAAUAUUCUGCCUGUCUGAAUAUCAACACAGAGAGUCAGUGUUUUCUUGCUGAUCCGACAUGUCCCAAUAUGACAUCAAGAUUCACUACCAACGACAUGAUGGAAACACCCUCCACCUACUUUGACUUCUCUGACACAACUGUCAAUCCUCUCUACAACACAACGGACUCCUUAGAUGACGUAUCCACUGAUAUAGAGGCAGUUGUGGGAGGUGUUGUAGGUGGAGUGUUUCUUAUUACAGUCCUGCUGAUUCUAGUGUUCGUCGUCUUGAGAAGGAGGAAGAAACAGAAAUGUACAAAUAAGAAAGGAAAUAGAGGAGAAACCACAUAUCUACAAAUACAGCCUGAUAACGAACAGGAUCACUAUACUGGAGAUGGUGUGCCUAAUGCAUUACAUGCAGCCUGCAAGAAUGCGAACCUCAAAAUGUGUGAACAUCUCAUCCAAACACACCCUGACCUUCUACACAGUGUAGAUAAUGAUGGAGGGAAUACUGCUCUACAAGCUGCUCAAGGUGGAAACGUGAACAUUCUACAACUACUGACAGAUAAUGAAGUAGACGUCAAACAUAAAAACAAUAAUGGCUGGAAUAUUCUAAACGUGGCAUGUGUAAAUUCUAACUUAGAAAUGAGUCGUUAUAUCAUCCAAACACACCCCGACCUUCUACACAAUGUAGAUAAUGAUGGAUGGAAUGCUGCUCUACACGCCGCUUAUGGAGGAAACGUUGAAAUUCUACAGCUUCUCGCAGACAAUGAAGUAGACGUCAAACAUAAAAGCAAUGACGACCGGAAUAUUCUUCACGUGGCAUGUGCACACUCUAAUUUAGAAAUGAGUCGUUAUAUCAUCCAAACAUACCCUGACCUUCUACACAGUGUCAGGAAUACUGGGUGGAAUGCUGCUCUACACGCUGCACAAAGAGGAAACGUUAAAAUUCUAAAAGUACUCGCAGAUAAUGGAGUAGACGCCAAAUAUCAUAACAAGUAUAACUACAACAUUCUUCACGUGGCGUGUGUACACUCUAACUUUGAAAUGAGUCGUUAUAUCAUCCAAACAUACCCUGACCUUCUACACAGUGUAGAUAAAGAGGGAUGGAAUGCUGCAUUAUUCGCCGCUCGAGGAGGAAACGUUAAGAUUUUACAACUACUGGCAAAUAAUGAAGUAGACGUGAAACAUAAAGAAAAUGAUGGUUGGAACAUUCUCAACGUGACAUGUGGAUUCUCUAACGUAGCAAUGAGUCGUUAUAUCACCCAAACAUACCCAGACCUUCUACAUAAUGUAGAUAAUGAUGGAUGGAAUGUUGCUCUACACGACGCUAGAGGAGGAAACGUUAAAAUUCUAAAACUACUCGCAGAUAAUGGAGUAGACGUGAAACAUAAAGAUAAUCACGGCUUGAACAUUCUUCACGUGGCGUGUGUACACUCUAACUUAGCAAUGAGUCAUCAUAUCAUACAAACAUACCCUGAUCUUCUAAACAGUGAGGAUGCUGCGUUACUCGCUGCUCGAGAAGGAAAUGUCAAAAUCAUACAACUACUAGCCAAUCAUGGAGUGAAAACAUAAACAGAAAAAUAUUACCAGUUUUUAAAGCGCUAAGCGUAGCUGCGCUGUAUUGUCGCCAGUUGGAUUUUGCUUUCGUCAUCACGUUUCCGGUUUAUCGCCACCUAUAGGAAAUUUAUGCAUCGCUAUAGUAAACAAGUCGUGUUUAUAGUAGUCUAAUUUUGCAACCGAUCUAGUACGGGGAUAACAUCCAUAUUCGCAGGAGCAUUCCCCCCCCCCCCCCCGGAAAUACAGUUAGUUGGACAGUGGGUAAAAUAUGUAUAAAAAGGUGACAUUUUUGUCCUCAUUCUGGGGGAAAGUGGGACACAGAAGCAGGUCAUUCUUCAGUUAAAAUUUCCGUUUGAAUCUGCUUCUGUAAUAAUUAAAGUGAUUAAGUAAUUCAAAAUCUAAAAAUGAAUAAGAAUCUAUACAUGAAACCGUUUUGGCUAGGGUGCCUUUGUAGUGUUACCUUCACAUAGCGCCUAGAGGUCAAGAAAAUCAAUACUUUUGCAUGGUGUAAUCUAUAAUUAAAAACCACGUCAUUAAGCUAUACACGAAUCAUGAGGGUUUUCCAUUUGUGUUUUGACUGCUGUUCCGGCUCAGUAAAAACAUUUGUCCGACCACAGUGGUCCGACACAGCAAAAAUGUGUGCAACACAGUAAAAAAAAAUUAUCCCCGUCGAUCGUGAACAAAAAAGAACGUGUACUUGUGCACGAUUAUGUUUUGACAGCGAAGGACAGCGAUUGGUGUCUCAGAGGGACGAUAUUGCGUAACUGAUUACACCUCUCCCGAUCAUGCAUGUAAGUAGGUCAUGCAGUAAUGGAGAGGAUACAGCGGUGUAACUUAGGCUAACCUUACUAUUUCUAAACGACCAAGCUAUUCGUCAACACAAUCUAAUUUGAUUUCGUUAUCUAGUUUCAAAAAUGAGACUGAAAAUGAUGAUCUUGGGGGAGGGAAAAGACAAAAGGUACAAAAUUAUAGGUCUGCGUUUACGGAACACAAUGCCCGUUUCAAGUCUUCAAAAUACCGCCUGGGAUUUUACGAGGGCUGUUUACUGCAAUAUGGUUAGAAGAAGUGUUAGAUAAAUAUUGCCAUUGUGUCAAGCAUGAAUGUAAAUUGGUUUGCGGUCCACAGAACGCUACACACAAUUAACUGGACCACAACAGUAAGUUAGUUGCGUUAUAACAAUUGAACACUUUUUACCGAAAACUGCCAUUACAACAGUUUUUACAUUUUCUACCAAAACUUGACAAAUUUCAAAAAAUAUUCUUCUCUAGACCAUCAUAUCUGUAAGAAAAAAAAUUGCAUAGUCAUGUAGAGGAUUUCAAGAUCCAGGGUGGGGCCUGAGCGGAGCGGAUCAGAAACCCUAGAUUUGGGAGGAUGGGUGGGGCCAAACUGGGUAUAAAGUGUUUAUGUGUAAAAUAUUUGAAUAACAUAGCUUUUAAUGCUAUUGAUUGAUUGUAUCUUGUUUAACGUCCCUCUCAAUAAUGUUUAAUUGAUGUGGAGACGUCACCAAGACCGGUGAAGAGCUGCAAAAUUUAGGCCUUUGUUCGGCGCAUACGGCCAUUGAACAGUGAGGGUUCUUUAGUGUGCCACACCUACUUUGACACGGACCAUCCGUUUUAAGGCCAUCUCGAAGGACCCAUGACAUCCACACCUGAUGCCAAGAGAUUGGCAAUGGAACUGUUACUACAUGUUUUAACGACCUAGGUCAAUCGCGGCCGGGAUUCGAACCCCAACCGUCCGCACACAAGGCCUACACUUUAUCUCUAGGCCACCGCAACGGUUGUAAUGCUAUUGGUACUAAAUUCUGAUUAUAGAUAUUUAAAAAGAGCAGGUGUGCUUUACCAAAAUUGUAAAUUUCAUGAUCCAAUGACAGGGUUUUAGUUCUGGGUGGAAUCAAAAUUAUUAUAGUGACCAUUGUUUUUAACAACAUCAUAAAGUUUAUAUUUCACCAUGUUGAAAAGUUCCAGGACAUUGUUUCCAAUCCAUAUUUGUUAUUUCCUUACAGAAAGUGUAUUAUUUAGUUGUGCGAAA